GAAAUUAGUAUAUCGAAGUAAUCGAUGUUACUUAAUACGAAUUAAGUAUGUUGCAGCAACUUUGUCGAAGAUCGAUGUUAGCCCGGCUAACUGAUGCAAAUAUCUUCAUGUCAUGUAGAGACCACUUCCGGAGUGCCUUGUUCAAAGGGCCUGAAGAAUCGGGCGUCCCCGAUAAGGGCUCAGCUGAGCCACCGGUGUACCCAAUUCGAUUGGGGUCAGACUUACGAGAAAAUAUGUGCAAGACCGGUGUGUAUAUCAUUCUUGGCCUGUCUCGCACACAAGAAUGAUAUUUACCAGCGUGCCAGGCCGGGCCUGUGUAACAUAUUUUAUAUUUUUUUAUUAUACUGAGCAAGACCAGUGUAGUAACCAGCGUGCCAGGCCGGGCCUGUGUCUCAGUCUUUCACUUUUUUUUUAAUACUGAGCAAGACCGGUGUUGUAACCAGCGUACCAAGCUCGACUUGUGUCUCAGUCUUCCCUCUAAAGUUAUCGCAAACCGAUACAUGAUCGAUACAUGAUCGGUCUAUUCAACUGGACAAUAUUUUUUUGAGAAUAUGUCAGAGCUCAUUUGUGGGGCCAUCCUGAUUCUUGCAUUAUUACUCCCACUUGUUGCCACUUUGUCCUCAUUGAUACACUCCAUUUACUUUAACACCUUUGCAUAUUCUCCGUAUAAACAUUCUGAUUUGUAAGCAUUUGGAGCUUUUCCCAUGAAGUGCUCCACUGAUCAAGGAUAGAAGUGGGUCCCCCAGAAGCAAUAUACUCCACCAUCUUCACUGAAUGAAUAAACCACGAGAGUAUUGGGAACAAAAUGUUUGAACCACAUAUUUCAUAGUUCAAAAUGAUGGGCCCUCCACCAGCUAAGCAUGAGAUAUCUGAAUCAAUUAUUCAUGCAUCCCACAUGGUUCCUCUUUGUCUUUUCCACUUGUAACUUAACUCGCCUUGUUUAUGCCACUAGUUCAUGCAUUGUUUCCAACCAACCACCACUUGUGUAUACGGUGGUUUUUCUGAUAGCGGCGAUCGGCAGCUGCAAACCGUGACUCCACUUACUAAUUAUAAGUGGUUUUUUUAUUCCCUUCUACAACUAAGAUUGCAGCGACAGAGGGUCAAGCUUCAAUAUUAGGUCCAUCAAUGGCGGUUGUCCGUAGUGGCAGCAUCCGAAUUGAAAGUGGACUUGAACAUCUCUCAUAACGGUGGUGGACGUCUCCAAUCGGGGAAAGAGACUGAUGAUAGAUGGUCGACCUAGACCAUGUGGGCAAUCGACAUGUCCUUCCUCGUGCUGCUUUAUCCAAGCAGAAAAUUGAUCAGACCUAGAAAGGAUCCUCCCAAGGCCAUCGCGUAAAGUCCCGGAAACAGCAGCGACAUAUUGAUGCAGUCACGGUGGUGAAGGGCUUCAGCAUCCCACAUCAGUGAUGGUGGCUUUAGUGAUACGAUGUUGGCGGAUUGGAGUAACCCGAUAACAGGAAAUCUAAACUUCAAUGGUAGAAACCAUGGUCGUGGCUGAAUUCAAUUUGCCCAGAGCAUAUGAGCAACCGUGGUGAUAUACUCUGGCCAUGCUAAUUGAAUUUCGGCAGCGGUGAUGGUUUGCUUCCAGUGGUGGGGAUGUUGCCACAUCCUGCGUUGGUGGCAGAAUUUAGAAGUAGCAGAUCAACGACAGACAUGAGUGGUGAUGUGCAGCGGAGGGUGAUGGAGAUCACGAGGCACCAGAUGGUUGUCGGUGACGAGAACCAUAAACUCCGGCGGUUCUCGUCCUCCAUGUCUGGAGACCUGGCAGUCUAUGAGCGGCUGCUAUGUGGACGGCAUAUGCUGUCGGUCUAGCCGCAGAGCAAAAUAUCUCUAGUAUGUGAGUGUUAGUGUACGUACUCUGUAGUGGCCCAUGGUCUCCGUCAAUGAUCAGCGAGCGUCUUGAGGGAUGGUGGUGACCAUGGUGCAUAAACUUUGAAUUUCAAAGUUAAGAGGAUAUAGAUCCAAGGGAGGUGCGGCUGUGAUGGAUCUCUCUUCCAUGACUUCUUGAAAUCAGUUUGACAAUGAGUAUGAAUCUCCAUUUUUUGGCUAUUUACAGUGUAAAUCCCCUUUUUCCCAUUUGUGAUGGAUUGCUUCCCCAAAAUUCUUUGAUUAUGGAGUCUAAGCAUGCACCUCCCUCCUUUUCAGUGAGCCCAAUGAACCAUAACAUAUCAACACGGCUAACAUAGUAACAUGGCUAUUUGAUCUGGUCCCACGGGUGGCGCCAAAAAUGAUGGUGUAAAUUACUGGACCGGUCAAACUAUACUAGACCGGGUCUAGAAUAGUUUGCUUGAUUUGGCAAAGUAAGAAAGGUAAAAACACGCAAAUUGACCGGUAGGACUUUAGGUGGAACACCUGUAGCCCGAUUUAUAUUAUAACGGAGAAUGCACGGGUGCUUUUUCAAGGGAGUUUAGAGAGAAUGAAUUCGGAUCCUUUUUCUGAGGUAUACAAGGGAUAUAUAUACUAAGCUGGGGGGGACAGGUUCACGUGCGCCCAUGUGGGGGCACGCUGCUGAUGUGGUGCGAGAUGACUGUCCCUGAUCCGUCUUGUCAUCUUGCGAGGGGGAUUACCCUCCUUGUCACGCUCUGGUUUGGAAAUAUUCCUCCAGCAUCUCUGCAACGCCAACCACUACAGUCCAAGCCUCUUUUGGAUUCUUCCUGCCGACGCUCUCCGAUCUUCGGAAACUAGACCGGGUGAUCCUCGAGGGUUGAUUUGGCUAACUUCGGUGGACGAAUGUGGGCGAUGGCGUAAUUUGACCGGCAUACUAACCCGAAGUGUACCGGUCAAGUCUCUGGUCAACCAACCAUCCCUUUGCUGAUGAUUCAGAUCUCAUUCCAAAGUUCGACCUUUCUGACCGGUCAACUAUCUCGUCUUGGCCUUUGACCGGUCGUGGGUGAAAUACACCCAUCACCCUCCGUUCCACUAAACCCUUCCUCUUUCGUUUUUUUGCUUUCCACAAAACACUUCCACUUUCUAUUAAAAAACCACUUUUACCUCUACUUUUUCAUACCCUACCUAUCACAUCAUACUUUAUCACUAAUAACCAAACUAUCACAUCUUACUUUUUCCCAUCACAUCAGUGGCAAAAUUGGAAAGUCAACCAAAAUUAUACUUUCCUUAUUUUUCCCCAAAGUCAAAACCGGAAGAGUUUUGUGGAACGGGGGGAGUAUUAGAAUAAAUACUUUGUUCGUUA